CCAACUUCAACUUCUUCAACAACAAACAAAUGUAUACAGUUGUCUUCAGCAGCAGCACUCAACAGCUCCACUACUCGCAGCGCCAGUCAUCCUACGACUCUUCCUCAUCAGCAUCCAACGGCAGCGGCACCACUUCGUCGGACAAUCAGCAGCACCAGCUGGCGGCGGAGGUGCCGAAGAAGCGGACCGGGAGGAGGGUGUUCAGGGAGACGCGCCACCCGGUUUACCGAGGCGUUAGGAGCCGCAAAGGCGACAAGUGGGUCUGCGAGCUCCGCGAGCCAACCACCGGGACACGUGUCUGGCUCGGAACUCACGCGACCGCCGAGAUGGCAGCCCGGGCCCAUGACGUGGCAGCCCUGGCGUACCGCGGGAAGUCCGCCUGCCUCAACUUCGCCGACUCCGCCUGGCGCCUCCCCGUUCCCGCUUCCACCGAUCAGUUGGACGUCAGGAGGGCGGCGGCCGAGGCCGCCGCGAUGUUCCUUCCCGGCCAGGCGGCGGAUGUGCAUGAACAUAUCGCCGGCGGCGGGGAUUAUGCUGACAAUGGUGAUAGCAACGAUAACAAUGAUGUGGUUCAUGAUGAAGUGGAGGGUGAGGUGCCGAGGCUGCUGUGGGAGAUGGCGGAAGGCCCGCUGCUGUCUCCGCCGCGCUGCUACGGAGCGGAGAGCGGCGGGUGGAGCGGUUACAUUGCGGAGGAGAGCGGCAGUUACUUGAACAACUUUGCUGAUGAAGAAUAUGACUGGUCGUUGUGGAGUAAUUAGUUACUGUACGCAGUCAGCGAUGACAUUGAUUAAUCGUUGCGGGAAGGAAGGAAGGAGUCCGUACUACUCGUGAAAAUUUUGAAGUAACGAGUGAGUGGCCUUGAUUGCUUGCUUGCUCAGAGACAUUCUGAACCAAGUUGUAAGGAAAUUAGACAGCGAUCUUGUCGUGUUGGGGUUGUCUUCUUUCGAUCGUCCAUUGUUUUGUGGGACGAGAGGGAAGGGAUGAAAGGGUGUGUGUGCUCAUAAUAUCCUUUUUAGUUGUUUGAGCACAUAUCCGAUCCACACCAGCCAUUCGGGGGGAGGACUCCUGGAAUGCUAUCUUCUCCAUCGUUGCGGCGACCUUUUUUUUUUUUGCUCGCCGUCGAUGCUGAUCGGCCGACGGAAGGUUUUUGUUUUGAUGGGCAAUUUCCCCUCACCUGCUGAAACCGGCCGGGGCCACAUGGUGCCCCUAUUGUUGAAAUUGUAGUUGUGGGGUUCCUUCUCGGAUUACUUAUGUCUUUCAUUCCCUAAUAAUCCACUCAGACGUAC